AUUCACUUAGCACUGGGGAGCGACUGCUGUGUGGAUGGGUUGUUCCACGUCGUCGUUGCUGGACAAGAAUGUUGGGUUCAUCUCCAACGGAACCAUGGCGUUGCUGAGAGGUCUGGAAGCUUUCCGAUUGGCUGGCUCUGAAGAGGCUACACUCACGUUCGAAUGCCUGUUGGAUAUCUGCCCCACACCUUGUGACGGAUUCAACUGCCGUCCACCUCCAAGAAUUAAAAGACAAAUCCACCGGAUGAAUCCUCACGAAAAUGAAGCCAGAGUGAUCGGUUCUUGGCCAGUAAAGGUUGUCGACAAAAAACCAAAAACAGGUUCGUUGUUGGUACCUCUUAUAUGA